GACUGUAAAACACGUGCAGAAUACUCACAGAGAAAGCACUGCUUUUGUCCGUGAAGUUGUCCGGAGUUUUCUCCGUUGAUACUAUAGAACUGUGACAGUUUAAGUGUGAACAGAAUUAAAGUCAAAAGAUGGACCUCACAAAUGUUUCAGAGUGCAAACUCAUCGGUCCAGACAACCCAGGGACUCCGGCGGUUUCCGCAUCCAUGUUCGCGGCUGGGGUCCUUGGAAACAUCUUCGCGUUGUUUCUGUUGGAGAUACGACGUUGGACGAAAAGUCACGGUCUUUUUCACGUGUUGGUUACUGCUUUGGUUAUCACAGAUUUACUCGGAACUCUUGCCGUCAGCCCGGUAGUUCUUGCCGCAUACGUGAGGAAGGCAAACCUUGAAACGAUGGGAGGCAGACCUCUCUGCAACCACUUCGGCUUCAGCAUGACAUUUUUCAGCCUGGCCACCCUGUCCAUCCUGCUGGCGAUGGCUGUGGAGCGUUGGCUCUCCAUUGGACACGCGUACUUUUACGAGAGGUACAUCACCACGCGCUGCGGCUACUUCACGAUUCCUCUCAUCUACCUGGUUUGCUUUGCAUUCUGUACGCUACCUUUCGCUGGUGUUGGGCAGUAUCGGUUGCAUUGUCCUGGUACGUGGUGCUUUUUUGACAUGCAUCCUCAAGAGCUCCCCGGUCGAGUUUACGCGGGACUCUACGCAUCUGCUAUGCUCGUGAUGAUUGUGUGCACGGUGCUCUGCAACGGAUCUGUCGGUUAUCAUCUGUUUGGCAUGUACCGGAGGAGAACAAACAAUCGUGGAUCGUUUCGAGGACCGCACGGCCGUAAGAGAUACGAGUCAAUCACAAGAGAAGUGGAGCAUCUUCUCCUUCUCGUCGUGAUGACUGUUUGUUUUGUAGUUUUUUCUCUUCCGCUUGUGGUCCAGUUGUACACAAACUUCUUCCGAACUCAUCCCUGGCCUGAGCAGAACCUCCAGAUGCUUCGGCUGCUCUCCUUCAACUCCAUCGUGGACCCCUGGGUCUUCAUCAUCCUCAGCCCCUCUGUCCUACGCUUCCUGUGGGGGAAGCUGUGCCGGCGGCAGCAGCCACUGGGCAGUGUGGACAGGACCAUCCAUGCCACGCGACCCGUCAGGCUUGGCACCCCAGCAGAUGCUCCCAAGCCGCCUGCACCGACGCCUGUUGCCCUCUGCCCGUGAGGGGUGACGCCCAGAGGGGCCUGGAUGGUCAAACGCUUGGCACUGUUUUGCCCACCAUGGAGUACACUCACAGUGGAUGAUCCAAUCAGAUUGAGGGAUGUCCUCCUGACAGGCUGCGUCCGAGGUCAGACGUGUGGUCACAGCUGCGGACCUACAUGCCUUUGACUAAAUGUGAGCGGACAGACUGCUCGAGGAGAGGACGGGACACAGUACAGAACGACCUGAGAAGACAAGAACUAAGUGCAAGAACUGAUGGAGCACCAUCAGGACUGCAUGGACGAGAUGGGAGUGGCACUGUACAGUACAUCACCGUAUAAAUUGAAGAUAGCACCAGUGAUGAUUUUAUGAUUUUAUGAAGGUUUAAAUCAUAAGCUUAAUCCAAUGAUUCUCAAAGCUAAACACAUUAAAUACAGCUGUGCUCUUAUGUUUGCAUACCCUGUACAUACAUGUGCCAAAGUUGACUAAAACGUGGACAUUUUUUGGAAGUUGAUCUUAAUGCCUUAAUUAAAACCAUGUGGAAAAAUCUAACCUUUAAGGACACUGAUUUUCCUUGUGGUUGUGAAUGAAUAAUGUGUCGUAUAUAGAGAAAAUGCAAGCAUAAAACGAGCGAAAACGAACAACGAAACCGAAACCAGAGAUGAAAUCGUAAAUCCUGCAUAGUUCCUCUUUAAAUUCCCAUACAGACAGGCAGAUCUUUUUUUUUUUUUUUUUAAAGGCUAGUCAUUUCAUAGAUUCGGUAAUAUUGAUGUGUCCUUAAAGGUCGGAUUUGACUUUAGCAUGUGUAUGUGUGAGCACAACUGUACUUGUGUCCAUGAAAAUAUGCAUUUCCAGGGACACAAGGAAACAGGAAAUACUUGGGGUAAAAAUACAGAAAAUGAAUCCGUAAAGAGGCAGAAAGUACCGCACAGGCAAGCUGACUGUAUGGCAGAGUACAAAGCUUUUUUCACAACGCCAAAGACAGGCUAACACAGUAUCCUAGGCGAGCAUGAGAGUCUGUCGUAGACAAAGCCUUACCAUUAUUUAUAGGACUAAACAGGGAAUUCUUGAUAGAUUACAUAAAAUGAAAGUAAAACAGAGCUGUCACAAUAAAGAAAGUUAAUUUUAUAAGAAGCUUGUUAUUAUUCCAGACUCCCUAUAAGCAGUUGGCCUCAGAGGUUAUGGAUAAGAUACACUCAAAAUCACUCCUUGUAAUGUCUACAUUUCUUUAAAGUGUAGCCAGAUGGACAACAACAACCGGAGUAGACAUUAAACAGCUAAAUUGUUGUCUGAAUGCUGAACAUUUCCCCACAGUUUAAAGGCACUGUAUCUGUUAAAAGAGUAAACUCUACAAGGAGUUGUCUGGCCAGUUGAAUUGUACAGUGUAGUUCAG